UACGGACGUGUUUCUGCUACGCUCGAGCGCCUCGCUCGUCUAAUCUUCUGGUGUCUUCGUCUCCGUUACAGUCUCCGGCGCAUCUCUCUCGCAGCGAUUGCGAGUCGUGAAAUCGUGUCACAAUUGAUUGAAUUUUGUGUGCAAGUCGCAACAGCAAAAAUAAAUACGGGAAAAAAUUAAUAUUACAUAUUAUUUGUAUUUGGCAAUAAGGUUUCUUGUGUGCACGCCGGUGCAGAUUGCGUCGUUCGCGUCGUCGCGUUGCCGAUUUUGUCAUCCCUGACAGCAUCAUUUCGUACGGUUGCCUUUUGUUGGCAUCAUUGUUAUUCUGCCUACGCGUUAAUUAUUCCUUGCGGCUUUUGGGCAAUGCCCAAUUCUAAAAUUUCGGUUGCGUGACAAAUUCGAACACCACAAAUCCUACAGCGACAACAAUAACAACAACAACAAUUGAAAAAAACAUAGACGAGUUCGAAUUUCGAAAAUGCAAACGCGCAGUUUAAAGUCCGAGCAGCGCAGUCGCGCAGGCGCCGGUAUAACCGUUACGCUGCUGCUAGCUCUGGCGCUGCUGAAGAUCGACGCCGCAGCUGGGAGGCCUGAUGUUCGGCAAUCGCCAUUUUCAUUAGAAUUGCAGCCGCCAUUGCUUGAGGCUGCCGCAGACGAUGCGUUCAAGGCGGGCGGCGAUCGGACCAUUGAUAGCUAUGGCAAUCCCAUUGAUGCACUGCGUCCGAUCGACACGCCCGACGGGCGCAAGGUGGUCAGCGCUCAGGGCCUGCAAUUCGAGAUACCCAAUUAUGCGUCGGGCAUAACCGAGAUACGAAAGCCUGCAGAUGACCUGCUGCCACCGCACAUUGAUGCCAUAGCGGUGGCGCUACCCACCUCGGACAUCGCCAGCACCGACAACAACACCUCCUCAUUAGCACCAGCACCAGCCACAUCACUAACACCCCCCAAGCAUGAAUCAUCAACUACCUCAGCGGAUGUCUCUGUGGAAGUGGAGCAGGCCCAGCUGAUACCCUUGCCCCAGACACAGCAACAGCAACAGCAGCAAGAGGAAAGUGCCCAGGCGCCUCAGCUGACCAGCGGCACCCUGCCCGACUAUCUCUUGGAGCUGCAGCAGCAGGAUAAGGAUAUUGGCGGACCUGUGCCCUGGACACCCGCGCCGAAUGGUGCGCCCCUUAGUGUGAUUGCCUGGGAUCUGUUGCCGCCAUUCGAAACGCCUCGAGAGCCACAAACCGAACCACAAAUCAUUACCGAGCAGCAGCCCACAAAGCAUGUGGUGGGCGUGGAGCAGCCGGGCAGUCACAACAUCCGUGUCAGUCUGAGCAGCGGUCAGGGCCUGUCGCCGGUGGCGCCCGCGCCACUGACGCCGGGUCAAGUGGCUGUUGUGAGCGUGGAGCACGAUGGACCCGAUCAGCAUGGCACCAAUGCACACAUUGGCAGCACCACGCCACGCAACGGCUCAAGAUUUCCCAAUCGCCAUCGCGGCACGGUCCACUACAGCACAGCCUCAACCACACAGAAGCCGCGCAGUACUUCCACAACCACCGCUGCAACCACCACAGCCAUUCCAUCAACAACACAGAGAGUGACCCCCACAACAACCACAACUACUACCACCACAACGCCACGCCCACAAACGACACUAGCACCCAGCACGAGCACUACACCUGUGGACCCAUCCACCUUCUAUAAGCUGGACAAUGAGGAGGCCUAUGCCUACACUUUGCCACCCUGGCUGCAGGAGGUAACCGAUCCGGAUCUGGAUGUGGCCGUCACCUUUAUUGUGCCCACGGACAAUGAUCAAUACAAUCACAGCCUGGCCGUGGAUCUAGAGCCGCCUUUCGAGCCGUUUGUAGACCUGCACAACAUUCAGCUGACACCACCGCCCACUGCGGAGCCAGCCAGCACGCGACCCACACCUACACCAACAAGCACCUCCACAACUACAACGACAACCACGACCACGACAACAACGACUACAAGACGUCCGUUGGCCGUAGCACUACCAACAGCAGCGCGCACCACUAAAGCACCCAUUUUGAAAGCACAAACCACUCGGCAACCACAACUGAUAACAACCACAAUCCACACAGCUCCAGCAAAGACGAGCACGACGCCAGCGGCGCCUGUUGAGCCGAAUCCCUUUAACUCGGCUACAUUGCCGCCGUGGCUGCAAGAUUUCGAUUACCCUGAUGUGGGUCCCGGCGUGCCCUAUAAUCCGGACAACUUUAAGGGGACGCCUGUCACAAGUGGCCAGAAACCGGGCGGUACCAAGCCCAAUGACUUUCAGCCUCAGGGCUUGCCAGGUAGCCACAUUAGAUCUCAGUUAACAGAACCAACAACGACAUCAACCACCUCAGCGCCAGCUGAAACCGACUCCUCCGCUUUUCCAUCCAAAGUCACGCUUCCGCUUCCAGCCAUCAGCAGCAGCAGCCACAGCAGCCACAGCCAAGGUGGCCAUGAGUCAAACACUGUGGAGCCGCCGCUGGUGCUGAUACCGCCUGUCGCCAACAGCGACGAACCAUCCUCAUUUAGCAGUAGCAGUAGCAGUAGCAGUGGCAGUAGCAGUGGCAGUGGCAGUGACAGUGGCAGCGAUUCCAGCAGCCAAACGCCGCCGCCGCCUGCACUCGGCACUGCCUCAGACCUCAACCCUACUACAAACUCAUAUACGCAUUUUACAGCACGCUUCGAUACGCCUGCUUCUGGUCAGGAAACGCAAAUCUCGGCACAGAGCCUAACGCCUACGGCAACGCCACAAGGCACAGCCGCCGCUGAGGAACAGUUCCCACCAUUCAAUGGCAAUGCGGCAGACAGUCCGAAGGUUGAAUACACCAAGAGCGAGGAGGGUAAGGUCAUCAGCACACCCGUAAACACGCUGCGCAAGGAUGCGCAAGACAAUAAUGUGCUCCAAGCAUCUACGGCCGCAUCGCCAGCGGCGGCCAGCAAUACGGGCAAGUAUACGGGCGGCUUUGGCGCUCCGGCUGGUCUAUUGCGUCCACAAAGUGCCGCCAAGCCAGACAUCUAUGUCGCCGGCAAUGAGCAUGAGUUCAGCACCAAUGUCAAGGCCAACAAGGUGCGUCCGGGCGCUGUGGCCAAUGCCAAUGGCGGACGCUAUACGGGCGGCUUUGGUGCACCCAGCGGCGUGCUCAGUCCCCAGAAUGCGCCCAGACCCUUCCAGCAAUCGCAACAGCCCCAGCCACAGCCACAGCCCCAACAGACGCAGCCCCAGCUGGCCAGUGCUGCUUCCAGCCAUCAUCAUAACCGCUUUGGUGGACCUCCUGGCGUCCUUGUGCCGUAUGACAACGUGCCGCGUGCCGGAGGGCAGUAAGAGCCAAUUGGGCGUGGCCUUUUCCAUUGCAUGCAACUACUGCAAGUACUUUAAAUUAUUUAUAAAGCAUGUAUGUAUGUUAAAGUUAUGAAAGUUGAAGUUCUCGAUGUAUGAAUAGUAAAGGCGAAUACGAAUUUUGUGUCGAAAAGAAAAUAAAUCAUCAUAUGUUUAUGCAUACGAUCGAGGUAUACGUAUCUAUGUAUAUAUCAUGUAAAAUGUUAUUUACAUAAU